AUGGCAAAGCGCGGCUUCAAGCUCCUUGCGUUGGUCUUGCCUAUUCUGUUGGGUAGGUCUUGUAUUGCUCUGAUUGCAAUACCGCGAGUGACCCAAAACAAGCACAAAUGUCCAAGCACCACGAGGAAAGCGUCAUUGGAAGCCGGGGAGUGGGCACAAAAGAUCGAUCCAUUCAGUGGUUGGGACAUCGCUGAAGGAACUUGGGCAGGGACUUUGGGAUGCAAACAAGAACCGUCGCUCGAUUUCCAAACUGAAAUCUUUGGUGGAAGUCGACGAUUCCCAAAGCAUGCAAAACGCCUUGCCAAGAUCUUGGUGAGGAACGCCAAGAAGUCAGAGAAAGCUCGAAACAUUUUCUUGCCGAACAUCUCGUUGCCACUCAUCCCUGUGAAUGGGACGCAAUUUCAGCAUCUGGUGAGCAACGUGCUAUCGGAUGUGACCUUGACCGGAGUCACUUCGAUUCAUGCUGAACCUGGCGCGGGCAAGUCAGUCGCUGUCAGUUUGUCCAUGCUGGGAUGGGCUGCAGACAAUCCACAUUCCAUCACCGUUUUGAUCCGGGAAAGUUUAGAGAAUCUCAGAUACUUCUUUCGGGUUGGAGAAAAUUAG